CAGAGCGACAAUGCGUGGCGGCGGGAGGUUGUGACCUGAGCUUGGGGGCCGGGCCGGGGCUGCUGAAUGGCGGCUCAUUGAGGCGGCGGCUCUGGCUGCUCGGGACGUGCCGCGGCGGCGGCCGGGGUGAUGCUGCUCAAGCUCUUACAGAGGCAGACGUAUACCUGCCUGUCCCACAGGUAUGGGCUCUACGUCUGUUUCGUGGGCGUCGUGGUCACCAUCGUGUCCGCCUUCCAGUUCGGAGAGGUGGUUCUGGAAUGGAGCCGGGAUCAAUACCACGUUUUGUUUGAUUCCUACAGAGACAACAUUGCUGGGAAGUCCUUUCAGAAUCGGCUCUGUCUGCCCAUGCCCAUCGAUGUGGUUUACACCUGGGUGAACGGUACUGACCUUGAACUACUGAAGGAACUACAGCAAGUCAGAGAACAGAUGGAGGAGGAGCAGAAAGCAAUGAGAGAAAUCCUUGGGAAGAACACAACGGAACCCACUAACAAGAGUGAGAAGCAGCUGGAAUGUUUGCUGACCCACUGCAUUAAGGUGCCGAUGCUUGUCCUGGACCCAGCCCUGCCAGUCAAUGUCACACUGAAGGACCUGCCAUCUCUCUAUCCUUCUUUUCAUUCUGCCAGUGAUAUAUUCAAUGUUGCAAAACCAAAAAACCCUUCCACUAAUGUCUCAGUUGUUGUUUUCGACAGUGCUAAGAAUGUUGAAGAUGCCCACACUGGAAUGCCUAAAGGAAACAGCAAACAGACAAUUUGGAGGGGCUAUUUGACAACAGAUAAAGAAGUACCUGGGUUAGUGCUAAUGCAAGAUUUGGCUUUCCUGAGUGGAUUUCCACUGACAUUCAAGGAAACAAAUCAACUCAGAACAAAACUGCCAGACAAUCUUUCUUCUAAAAUAAAACUGUUGCAGUUGUACUCAGAGGCCAGUGUAGCACUUCUAAAAUUGAAUAACCCCAAAGAUUUCCAAGAACUGAAUAAGCAGACUAAGAAGAACAUGACCAUUGAUGGGAAAGAACUGACCAUAAGUCCUGCGUAUUUGUUAUGGGAUCUGAGUGCCAUCAGCCAGUCUAAGCAGGAUGAAGAUGUCUCUGCCAGCCGUUUUGAGGAUAACGAAGAACUGAGAUAUUCACUGCGAUCUAUCGAGAGGCAUGCCCCGUGGGUUCGGAAUAUUUUUAUUGUCACUAAUGGGCAGAUUCCAUCCUGGCUGAACCUUGAUAAUCCUCGAGUGACGAUAGUGACACACCAGGAUGUUUUUAGGAAUUUGAGCCACUUGCCUACCUUUAGUUCACCUGCUAUUGAAAGUCACAUUCAUCGCAUUGAAGGACUGUCCCAGAAAUUUAUUUACCUGAAUGAUGAUGUCAUGUUCGGGAAGGAUGUCUGGCCAGAUGAUUUUUACAGCCACUCUAAAGGUCAGAAGGUUUAUUUGACAUGGCCUGUGCCCAACUGUGCCGAGGGCUGUCCAGGAUCCUGGAUUAAGGACGGCUAUUGUGACAAGGCUUGCAAUAACUCAGCCUGCGAUUGGGAUGGUGGCGAUUGCUCUGGUAACAGUGCAGCGAGUCGCUAUGUUCCAGGGGGUGGAGGCCCUGGGAGUCUCGGAGUUGGACAGCCCUGGCAGUUCGGUGGGGGAAUAAGCGGUGUCUCUUAUUGUAACCAAGGAUGUGCAAAUUCCUGGCUCGCCGAUAAGUUCUGUGACCAAGCCUGCAAUGUUUUGUCCUGUGGGUUUGAUGCUGGCGAUUGUGGGCAAGAUCAUUUUCAUGAAUUGUAUAAAGUAACUCUUCUCCCAAACCAGACUCACUAUAUUAUUCCAAAAGGUGAAUGCCUGCCUUAUUUCAGCUUUGCAGAAAUAGCCAAAAGAGGAAUCGAAGGUGCAUACAGUGACAACCCAAUAAUUCGACAUGCUUCUAUUGCCAAUAAGUGGAAAACCAUCCACCUCCUAAUGCACAGUGGAAUGAAUGCAACCACAGUCUAUUUUAACCUCACAUUUCAAAAUAAAAAUGAUGAAGACUUCAAAAUCCAGAUAACAGUAGAGGUUGACACAAGAGAGGAACCCAAACUGAAUUCUACGACCCAGAAGUCUCACCACAGUUUGGUUAGCCCUGUAACACUCCUACCAGAGGCAGAAAUCCUGUUUGAGGAUAUUCCCGAAGAAAAACGCUUUCCAAAGUUCAGGAGACAUAAUCUUAACAGAACAGGAAGAGUCCAAGUGGAAGUGAAAAUUCCCCUGGUAAAUAUUUCUCUCCUUCCAAAAGAGGUCCAGCUGAGUCUCAAUAAGUUGGAUUUGCAACUAGAACGUGGAGACAUCACUGUGAAAGGAUAUAACCUGUCCAAGUCAGCCUUGCUGAGGUCGUUUCUGGUGAACUUACAGGAGGCUGAAGUAAAAAUGAAUCAAACUGAAAAAGCAGGUGAAAGAAAUGACAGUUUGAAGGCCCCACUGGAAAAGCAGUUGCACAGAAACAUCUUGCCAGACAACUUAGAGGCACCUGAAAGAUUACAGAGGUCAGCUCUUCCGGCAGUGACAAUAAAAGUGAAUGGCCGCUACCCAAGUCAGAAUUCAUCCCUGGACUUAGAGGCCGAAGGAAGAUUUAAAUCUGAAACUCUGGCCCAAAAAGUAGGAGGUGGAAGCGUGCCGAAAGAAAACCUCUCAUCUCUGAUUCUUCCAUUGGAAAACCAGGCAACAAAAGGAAAGAAAAUCGCAGAGAAAGAACAAGAGAAAAGCAGGGUGGAGGGAAAUGCUAAUAGUCCCAUAGGUGUUAAUGAAGUAUUGCCUGGGAGAAAACUGCAGCAUUACACAGGUGGUUACCUGGGCUUUUUGCCAUGGGAAAAAAAAAAGUAUUUCCAAGAUCUUCUUGAUGAAGAAGAGUCACUGAAGACACAACUCGCAUACUUCACUGAUAGCAGACACACUGGGAGGCAACUAAAAGAUACAUUUGCAGAUUCCCUCAGAUAUGUAAAUAAAAUUCUAAAUAGCAAGUUUGGAUUCACAUCUCGGAAAGUCCCUGCACACAUGCCUCACAUGAUUGACCGGAUAGUUAUGCAAGAACUGCAGGACAUGUUCCCUGAAGAAUUUGACAAGACGUCAUUUCACAAAGUGCGCCAUUCUGAGGAUAUGCAGUUUGCUUUCUCUUAUUUUUAUUACCUCAUGAGUGCAGUUCAGCCACUGAAUAUAUCUCAAGUUUUUGAUGAAGUUGAUACAGAUCAAUCUGGUGUCUUAUCUGACAGAGAAAUUCGAACACUGGCUACUAGAAUUCACGACCUGCCUUUAAGUUUGCAGGAUUUAACAGGUCUGGAACACAUGUUAAUAAAUUGCUCAAAAAUGCUUCCUGCUAAUAUCACUCAGCUAAACACCAUUCCACCAACUCAGGAAGCAUACUAUGAUCCCAAUCUGCCACCAGUUACUAAAAGACUAGUAACCAACUGUAAAGCAGUAACUGAUAAAAUCCACAAAGCAUAUAAGGACAAAAACAAAUAUAGGUUUGAAAUCAUGGGAGAAGAAGAAAUUGCUUUUAAAAUGAUUCGUACCAAUGUUUCUCAUGUGGUUGGCCAGUUGGAUGAUAUAAGAAAAAAUCCCAGGAAAUUUGUUUGCCUGAAUGACAACAUCGAUCACAAUCAUAAAGAUGCCCAGACAGUGAAAGCUGUUCUCAGGGACUUCUAUGAAUCUAUGUUCCCCAUACCGUCCCAGUUUGAACUACCAAGGGAAUAUAGGAACCGUUUCCUUCACGUGCACGAGCUGCAGGAGUGGAGAGCAUAUCGAGACAAAUUGAAGUUUUGGACUCAUUGUGUAUUAGCAACAUUAAUUAUGUUUACUGUAUUCUCAUUUUUUGCUGAACAGUUAAUUGCACUUAAGCGGAAGAUAUUUCCCAGAAGGAGGGUACAGAAAGAAGCUAGUCCUGAUCGAAUCAGGGUAUAGAAGAUCAUCAUUUGAAAAUCAUCUACCUCAGCAUUCACUGAACGUUUUAAAACUCAGCAUCACAGAAAUGUCUUCAUGAUGUAAUUAAUGCUUAGCCAGCUUGGCCUAUAGGAGGAAAAACAUCCAACACAAUACUUGUUUUGUGUAAAUAAAGCCUACUCAUCACGAUUUGUUUAACUAACACACUGAAAACUUGUGUGUUGAGCAGCUAUGAAUUGAUUUUUACCUUUAAAGCCUUUGCUUAGGGACCUGAUAUUCUUUUAAUGAAAAGGCUCACUGACAAGAGACACUGGUGAGAUUCCAUAGUAACCAUUGCCAACUACCUUCAACAUGAGAAGCAUGGGAGUGAUUGACAAGAGACCCCAGUUUUUGCAUUCCAAACCUAUUGCUAUGGUUUUACAUUUUUGCUUUUUUCAUUUUUUUCAUUUUCUCCAUUUUCCAUUUUAAAAAUAAGUAGCUACUAAGUUAACUAGUUAUUCUUGCUUCUGAAAAUAAUGACUUGGGAUAUCUAAAGAUGUUUUUAUAGAUGUUAUUUAAAUACAGCAAUAUCACCUCUUAUUGGCAAUAUCUUAAUUGUGGAUUUCAGUAACGUUUAAGGCGGUAAGUGGUGUUAAACCACUUAAAACUACUGAUGAGCUCCAUAACUGACAUUUUACUAUGUGCUUGUUUACUUUAGCCCCUAAGAAAUUGCGAUUUCAUGUGGAGGUCUAAUUACAAAGGGCUAGAUUAAGUAGCAGAACUACUUUCCAGAUGUAAUUACAUUUUGGAAAUGUACAUAUUCGAACAGAAGUGCUCAUUUUAGAAAUGAGUAGUGUUGAUGGUACUGGCAUAUCACAAUGGUGUCUUUUUAAUACUCAUCAGUAUAUUCCAGCAGCUGUCUCUUCUAAUUGGUUUUAUAUAAUGCAGGGGUCAGCAAACCUUUUCUGUAAAAAGCCACAUAGAAAGUAUGUGCAGGCCACAUGAGUCUCUGUUGCAUAUCCUUUUUUGUGGUUAGUUCAACUAUUGUUGCUAUUGUUUAACAUUUAAAAAAUGUCAAAACCAUGUUUUGCUCAGUUAUACAAAAACAGGCCAUCAGCUGUAUUUGGCCCACAGGCCAUUGUUUGCUGACCACUGGGAUAGAGAAUUAGUGUUUUUAUGUAUGGGUAAGCCCUGAUGUUCAGCCAUAUUUUAUUUAGGUUAUUUUACAGUGGAUUCUGGAGGUCGCAUUCUGUGAGUCCUUUUUGAACUCAACAGGUAUUUUAAAUCAUGAUUUCAACAGUAUUCCUUCAAAAUGGCAUAACUGUUUUGUAAAAAGACUUGUAAAUACUGUGUUUGUGCUGUAAAAGUUAUGUUUCAAGACCCAAAGUCUCACAAAAAAUUAAUUUUGUCUGGUACUUUGAUUUUUAAAUCUUUGAGUAAUCAAUUUAUUGUUAUCCAGAUUCAACAAUCACAUCAGUGCUUCUACAGUGUGUCAGGGUCUAUGCUGAACAUGACUGAAAAUAAAUGGAAAAUAGUGUAAGGAAGGGCAGUAGUACAGCAUACUGGGGAGUGUCAUUUUAUAGGGGAAAAUGAGUUCUACAUGGGAAAAUGGUAAAAAUGUAUGGGAUAUCUGGGUAUCAUUCUUAUAUGUAAAGAAUAUUCUAGAAGAGUUAUAAAUAAAUGAAUAUUUGGGUGUGAGGGAGAUCUCUGUGGUUGGAUGAAUGUAGUCUGCAUCUAAUUAGGAGCUUAAUAGAUAAUAGGGUGGAUAACAGAAUCAUAGAAUAUCAUUGAAUCAUUUUUCCAGUGAUCCUGUGGAAUCAUUAGAACAGAGGAACGUCAAAAGUUGAUGCAUAGUCAAAUACUUUAAAAAAUUUUUAAAGCCUCCAAA